UUCACGUUUUCUUCUCUUUGGGCGCCGCAUUCCCAUUCUGAAAUCUCCGCUUCUCGACGUGGCUUUCUUGCACUCUCUACCCUUCCGAUUUCCCCGGUUCAGUUCUUUCUCAGCCAAAUAGACAUCUCUUGAGAUCGAACAAAGUUCUAUGGAAUCGGAUCGCCUCCCGAAGUGGCUUCGUGGGCUUUUUUCCAAACCCUCCGAUCGAGUCGGAUCGACGCAGAUCGGACAAAAUGAAAUGGAGGUUCCUACGUCUGUCGUAGAUGCGGCUUGGCAGCGGCUUGAAGAGAUGUGCCCAUCGUCGAAGCAGUUUCGUGGGAUUGAAUCCAAACCUUCCGAUCGAGUCGGAUUGACGCAGAUCGGACAAAAUGACAUAGAAUUCAGUUCGCGGCUUCCCAAGUCUUUCAUGGAGGGGUAUUGUCAGCGGAUUGAGGAGCGUUGUCGGCGGAUUAAAGAGGAGUACAGAGAGAUUAAAUCCAAUCCCUCCCCCUAUUUUGCGUGCCGCAUACUCGAGCGGAACUUACGUGAAUGGCUAUUUGGAAUCAGAGGCCCUAGCGGAACUGAAUACGUAGGUGGGAUUUAUAUUGGGAAGAUCCUCUUCCCGAAGGAGUACCCAUUGAAGCCUCCUUCAUUCGUGUUUCUUACGACAAAUGGUCGCUUCAAAACCCACAACAAGAUCAGGAUAAAGCGACUGGAUGAGUGGCAGCCAUCAUGGUUGAUGCGAGAUGCUUUAGAUGCACUUAUCGAAGAAAUGCCUACCGACCCAGAUGGUGGUUCAGUAGAAUAUAGUAAGAAACAAAGGCGAGAGUGGGCACGCAGCUCUCGUGCAGCCGCCCCAGAAUGUAGCAGUCCUGAACGGCAGAAGCUAGUUGAAGAGAUUCAUAAUUAUCUGCUAAGCAAGUCAUCACCUGAUCCUGUUCCUUCCCAAAAUCAUGGAGCCAAAAGAAAGCACGGCACAGGCAGCGGCGGCGGCGCAAACGGCUCUGUCGUGAAUGUUAUUGGGAAUAUAUUUAAUGCAAAUAAUUCAAAGGGAGUAGGGAUUUUGGAUUCUAUGAAUGAGGCCUCCAACCCCAAGAAAGCAAAACUAGACGACCAUGUUUAGAAUGCCAAUUCUUCAGCCCAACACUUGUGUUUUAGUCCACCGUUGGUUCUGUAGGUAAGAAUAAGUAGUUAGAUUCAGUAUGAAUUGCCCUCCAGUCGAAAUCAUUCGAAUUUUAUUUUAAUUUGUGUGCAUAUGUUCAUGAAAUUCUUGUCGUGUGGGAUGAAGUUAAUGCCCGAACAAGUUUUAGGAAUUUAGGCCAAUAUCCUCUGUUUAAAACUUUGUUGUCUGAGCUGAGAGUAGUGAAUAAUUCAAUUCUGGGCACUUCUUUCAUGUCAAGUUAAACCUCUCUACUUCUUGAGGCAA